AUGCCGACCCCUCCUGAAGAACUAAAAGCCUCUCUAGAGGGACACAACGCAGAGUUUGAGGUCCUGCUGCGGCUCAUUCCUGCCAAAUAUUAUCUCGUACCAGAGGAUUCCGGAGAACAUGUCUCAAAAUAUCAGAAGAAUAGUAAGAAGCAGAAGGCACCGAAGCAGGCCACAAAAGAAGCCAGUAAAAAAGCAAAACGAGAUAAGUUCGAUCCUGCGAACAACAAAUCGAUUAUCGAACUGCAGGAAGAAGCAGCAUUGAAGAAAACUUCAACCGCAUCCAAGAAUAAAGGGAAAACACGGGCACCGAGCGAUGAUGAAGACAACGACAGCGAGGAAGCGGACUGGAACACUGAAAGCAUUCACAUGAAGAUGGACGUAGACGGCGAAGAUGGUGAAGAUGGUGACCGCGAUGACCCCGAGGGAGGAGAAACUGCCAGAAGAAAGGCAGGAAUGGAAUUCAAACCUAUGCCGGCUCCAAGCAGCAUCGAAACUCUUCGUGCAAAACUGCGAGCGCGGAUGGAAGAACUUCGACAGAAGAACGGUUUUAAAGGUGCAAAUGGCGACCCGGGGAGCAAGGACGAAUUGUUGGAGGAACGUCGCCGACAGCGUGCUGCGAUGCGUGAGCGUCGACGAAAGGAGACGAAGGAGAAAAAGAGGAGAGAACGAGAGGAGAAGGAAAAAGGGAACAAGGGCAAAGAAAAGGCACAGACGAGUGCUCCGACCACAAAAACUCAACUACUCGUACCAGACGUAACCAACCAGCAGAAUACCUCCAACGCCUCAAAAUAUACCAACGUGACCUUCUCUACACUCGCUGGCAACGCUCCCACUGCACCCAAAUCCAUCAAAACUUCGUCCAACCCCACUCAAGCCUUAAAGCAGCUCACAAAGCGCGCGGAGGCACGUGCUACCCUCUCAACGGAAAAGCGCAAAGAACUGGAAGAGCGGGACGCAUGGACGAAAGCCGGCGCACGGGUUACAGGUGCAAAGGUACACGACGACGCAUUACGGUUGCACAAGGCUGCAAAGAGGCGUGAAAAGGACAAGGUGAAGAGUAAGAAGGAGUGGGAUACGAGGAAGGAGGAGCUAGCAAAGGCGCAGGCCGUGAGACAGAAGAAACGGGCUGAUAAUAUUGCAAUGCGACAUGAGAAGAAGAAGGGCGGUGCUGGGGCAAAGGGGAAGAAGAAUGUUAAGCGAAGACCCGGAUUUGAAGGGAAGAGCUUUGGUGGUGGGGGAAAGAAGGUUGGUGUGUCUGGGAAGGGGAAGGGGCGAAAGUAGAGAGUACUAUGUCAUGUUU